UCACGACUCUGCUUACUCUGUCUCCCACGGUGCCACCCCGUCCAGCAAAGGUUAUUUGAAAAUGUUUCUGAAAUCUCGGUUGUCAUGGAACGUAAUAAUCCCUGCUGAGAAUCUUGACGUUGAAGGCUUAACGCUUCAGAAGGAGAUUGUCAUUCGCCUCUUGAAAGAAUUUGCUUCCAAGAAAGCGUCAAAGAAUCUUGGUUACUUUUUAGCUGUCACUGCAUUGGAGAAGAUUGGAGAAGGAAAAGUUCGAGAACAGAUGGCUGGUGAUGUGCUUUUCCAUGUAGAAUUCAGCUGCAUUACGUUCAAGAUGUUUCGCGGAGAGAUCUUGGAAGCGGUAGUUCACAAGAUAUUGAAGCACGGCGUCUUUUUGAAAUGUGGCCCUGUGGACAAUAUAUACCUAUCUAAUAAGAUGAUGUCGGAUUAUGAGUAUGUGCAUGGAGAAAAUCCCAUCUUUAUGAAUGAGAAGAUGUCAAGAAUUGAGAAAGGUACUGUGAUGCGUUGCAUUGUGAUAGGAACAGAGUAUAAGGAGGAGGGGAAGGAAUUAUUAGCACUUGUGAGCUUGGAGGGUGAUCACCUUGGACCUAUCUCAUCAUAGAGUUCUGAUUAAAGAUAGAGAGUAAAGCUAACUUCAGUAGUUAUAUCAUAUGUGUUUAGUACUGCUUUGGACUCUCCCUGAAGUGUCUUGUUUUUUCAUUUGGUUGCUUAAGCCCUCUAGUAAAUGUGUAAAUGUUUCAAGGACAUAGCUAUGUUAAGGUGAUGACCUUUUAUACCUGAAA